ACACAACAUGGCAGCAUUGCUACAUUUCAAGAUGGCAGAAUGCGACUUCGGUGUGUUAUCAUGUGAGCUGGAAAACUAAUGUUUUUCUGAAUUUUAUGAUCGUGAGUGGAUUAUAAUUUUGUGUAUCAGUGAAUUGUGACAAAUUUAAUCAUGGCGGACUUAAAAUCACCGCCUUUUAGUGACAUAAAAAGACCAGAAGAAGUGGUUCGCAUGACGACGAACGAUAGUCUGAAAUUUGCAGUUCUUAUCGGUUUGAUUGAAGUCGGACAGGUUACCAACAGGGAAGUGGUGAACACCGUCCUGCACUUGCUGGUGGGCGGCGAAUUCGACAUGGAGCUAAAUUUCGUGAUCCAAGACGCGCAGAACAUACAGCACAUGCUGGAACUCCUGGACCACUGCCCGCCCAGCUUGCAGGCCGAGAUAUGGUCGGUGUUUAUCGCGAUACUGCGGAAGAGCGUCCGCAACCUGCAGGCGUGCACUGACGUGGGACUCAUCCACCACGUGCUGCAGCGGCUACCGCGAGCGGAGACCGUCGUCGCCGAUCUCUUGAUAGAGAUGCUGGGGGUGUUGGCGAGCUACAGCGUCACAGUCAAGGAGCUCAAGCAACUAUUUAAUGCAAUGAAGGCUGUCAAUGGAAAAUGGCCGCGACACUCAGCCAAGCUGCUAAAUGUGCUCCGACAGAUGCCACACAGGAACGGACCCGACGUCUUCUUCAGUUUCCCGGGACGCAAAGGAUCCGCUGUAGUACUACCGCCGUUGGCGCGGUGGCCGUACGAGAACGGCUUCACGUUCACCACCUGGUUCAGACUGGACCCCAUCAACUCCGUCAACAUCGAAAGGGAAAAGCCUUAUUUGUACUGCUUCAAGACAAGUAAAGGCGUCGGCUACACAGCGCACUUCGUCGGUAACUGCCUCGUGCUUACAUCCAUGAAGAUCCGAGGCAAGGGAUUCCAGCACUGCGUGAAAUACGAAUUUCAACCGAGGAGAUGGUAUGCCAUAGCAGUCGUCUAUAUAUACAAUAGAUGGACGAAAAGCGAAAUCAAGUGUCUAGUGAACGGUCAGCUGGCAUCGAGCACUGAGAUGGCCUGGUUCGUCUCCACCAAUGAUCCAUUCGACAAGUGCUACAUCGGUGCUACAGCUGAAUUGGACGAGGAGAGGGUGUUCUGCGGACAGAUGGCAGCCAUAUACCUGUUCGGAGAAGCUCUAACUACUCACCAGAUAUGCGCCAUGCAUAGAUUAGGGCCCGGAUACAAGAGUCAGUUCCGUUUCGACAACGAAUGCAACAUCAGUUUACCGGAGAACCACAAAAGGGUGAGCGAGACGACCGCUCCCAUGCUUGAAAACGCUGACGCUCCACCUCCAGAUACUGAAUCCUCUCCCCCCCGAACCCCCGAACCCGUAUCCCUGGAGUCCGCUUCGCAAGAAGAUACUAGGAGAACAGAAACAGAAGGAGCAUGCGUAGUAUUUAAAGAAGACGCGACGCCCCGGGGACGCCGGCUGGCGGAUGAGGCGCGAGAAGUGGCUGCCGCGCAUGCCUCCCUGCUCGUAGAUAUCGAAGCAUGCAAGCGUGUGUUAUACGACGGUAAGCUGUCGUCUGCGAUAGUGUUCAUGUAUAAUCCGGUCGCGACGGAUGGCCAGCUGUGUCUCCAAUCAGCACCCAAGGGCAACGUUUCUUACUUCGUGCACACGCCCCACGCCCUAAUGUUACAGGAAGUGAAAGCAGUCGUGACGCAUUCGAUACACAGCGCUCUGAACUCGAUAGGGGGAGUGCAAGUCUUAUUUCCGCUGUUUUCUCAACUCGACCUACAGCACGACGCGCCGCCGAACGAUCCCAAACGAGAUCCCUUGCUAUGUUCGAAGCUGCUUGGGUUCGUUUGUUCCUUGGUGGAAUCCUGCAGCACGGUUCAGCAACACAUGCUGCAGUGUCGCGGGUUCCUCGUGAUCUCUCACAUGCUGCAGAGGUGCUCCAGAGACCACCUGACGCCUGAUACGCUCGCCUCCUUCCUGCAUUUAACGAAACAUCUUGUAACUUGCUGCUCUCCUAAUUCUGAUCUGCUAUUAAAACAGCUCCUGGACCACAUAUUGUUCAACCCCGCGCUGUGGAUCCACACUCCUGCUGCAGUACAGGCCAGGCUUUACUGCUACUUGGCGACGGAUUUCCUCGCUGACGCCCACAUAUACGGAAGCGUCAGAAGAGUGAGCACGGUCUUGCAGACUGUUCACACGCUGAAGUUCUACUACUGGGUCGUGAACCCGAGGGCCAAAAGUGGAAUCGCACCCAAAGGACUCGAUGGUCCUCGACCAGCUCACAAAGAUAUAUUAACAAUCCGAGCGUACAUUUUGUUGUUUUUGAAACAACUGAUCAUGAUCGGGAAUGGCGUCAAGGAGGACGAACUGCAAUCUAUACUCAACUAUCUAACUACCAUGCACGAGGAUGAAAACUUGCAUGAUGUUCUGCAGAUGUUGAUCUCAUUAAUGUCCGAGCACCCCAGCUCCAUGGUACCUGCUUUUGACGCGAAAGGCGGAAUAAGGACAAUAUUCAAGCUGUUGGCGUCAGAAAGUCAAUUAAUAAGGUUACAGGCGCUAAAACUUCUCGGUUUCUUUCUGAGCAGAAGCACGCACAAACGCAAAUACGACGUAAUGUCGCCACACAACCUGUACACGUUGCUGGCAACCAGACUGGGGGCGAGCGGCGAGGGACUGGCCCUGCCCGUCUACAACGCCCUGUACGAACUCCUCACGGAGCACGUCGGGCAGCAGAUACUGUACACCAGCCACCCGGAGCCGCAGCCACACUUCAGACUCGAAAAUCCUAUGAUCCUGAAGGUGGUGGCCACGCUGAUAAGGCAGUCGAAGCAAACGGAACAGCUGCUGGAAGUGAAGAAGCUGUUCUUGUCGGACAUGACCCUGCUGUGCAGCAACAACCGCGAGAACCGACGCACCGUGCUGCAGAUGUCCGUAUGGCAGGAAUGGCUCAUAGCGAUGGCUUAUAUCCACCCAAAGAACGCCGAGGAACAGAAAAUCUCUGACAUGGUCUACUCGCUGUUCCGGAUGCUUCUUCAUCACGCCAUCAAACAUGAAUACGGAGGCUGGAGAGUAUGGGUGGACACAUUAGCCAUUGUGCAUUCAAAGGUUUCGUACGAAGAAUUCAAGUUGCAAUUCGCACAAAUGUAUGAACAUUACGAGCAAAGACGAGCUGACAACAUCACAGACCCAGCCGAGAGACAACAACGACCCAUCUCCACUAUAUCCGGCUGGGACAGGCACGCCGACACCCAGCACACCCCACGCGUCAUCCCGGACACAGACGACAGCAUGGACAGCUCUCCCGCGUCCAUCAGGAAGCAGAAUGUGCUCAAUCACGGCGCGCAGACCGAAAUCGGAAAAGGGCUCUCGUUGCGAGAAGUCGAAUCGUGCAAUUGUACCACAGUUAAAGCAGAAAGUGAUAAAAGUGAGGAAGAAUCCGAUCGGACUACACAAGUCGUUUAUAGUGAAGUGUGUAAAGUGCAUAGUCCCGUUAAAACUGUUGAAGCCGCAGUGCCCUCCGCCGAUGGCUGUGAUGCUGUGAUCCGCGACUCUGAAGUCGAACACGCAAUCGAUGAAGCCGAGUCUGAGAAUGAACAGACAAUCUUCAACCCUGCUAUACAGUCCAGUAACGAAUUAGUAGAAUCUAUUAUAAGUGAAGAUACUAUUUUGGGCACUGAAUCUGGAUUAGGGACGUUAGAGAAACCCGAAAAACUCAACCGACAAGGAAGUUUAGAUUAUAUUCCAGUCAGAGAUGUAGGCGACACCGUAUCUAAAGAUGACAACACAGAUAAGAGUGAGGGAAUACCGUCAAGUUUAUCUGUGAGUGAAACAGCUAGUCCCGAGAGAGUAGCGGACUUAAAUAUCGUUACUGAGAGAGAAUCUGAGCUUUCAGAUCCAUCCGAACUAUACUUAACCCCUAGCGAAGCCACCAGCCCAAAGGAAGUUGAGGAAAAAGUUGAAGUUUUAGAUGAACCAACAGACGGUAUCGACGAUCCGAGGCACGUCGCUGUAAACAUUGUCAAUGACGUACUCAGUGUGGCGCUGGAGACCGUUAGGCUGAAAGCUGACGACGACACCGACUCUGGUGCGAUAUCCGGCGGAUUGCAAUCCGAAGGUAACACGCCAAACGGUCGCGAUGACUUCGAUCAAGAAAUCGAAGAAAUCGUUAGCGAGAAACAAGCUGCUGAGUCUAUAGCUAAUGAAAUCGUUAUGGAUAUUGUAGAAUCUGCAUUGGCUAAGGGCGCUGAGAAUACUGAACCAUCCGAAGAGAAUAGCCCGCAAAGGGUGUUACCCUCGGAUCAUCCUCACGAAGGGAACGUUUUGCCACUAGACGGUGAAUUCUUGGUUAGUCCCAGAGAAGAGGAUGCUGAAAAACUUGAGGUUGAAGAAGAUUCUGAAAAGAUUCCUGAAGAAAAUAUGAACAUUGAAAUUGAAAAUGCCGAUACUGAAGAACCAGAGCAACAGAAAACGACGGAAAUUCCACCAAUCUCGACUAUCAGUGAAAACAUAUCUUUAGCGAACAAGAAAGAACAAGAAACCGAUGAAGAUAGAGGUAGAGAGGGUGAGAGAGAAAAAAGACGGGUCAGUUUACCCGAAGACAGCGAGAGUAAGCAGGAUAGUGCUAGAGGUGAGGGUGUGGCCUCGCACGGUACCAACACGUCAUCAUCACCCAAAAGGCCUCGAAGUGCGUCCACUAGUACACAAGUGGACUCUAAUCAUUUUGAAUCGAAACGUCCAUCGAAAUGCUCCAGACCUAUGUUCUCCCCGGGACCCACUCGCCCCCCGUUCCGCAUCCCCGAGUUCCGCUGGUCCUACAUCCACCAGAGGCUGCUGUCGGAUGUGUUAUUCUCAUUGGAAACUGAUAUUCAGGUUUGGCGAAGUCAUUCCACUAAAUCUGUCAUAGACUUCGUCAAUAGCAGCGAGAACGCCAUCUUUGUCGUGAAUACCGUACACCUGAUCAGUCAGUUGGCCGACAAUCUGAUCAUCGCUUGUGGAGGGCUCCUGCCGCUCCUAGCGUCGGCCACGUCACCCAAUAACGAGCUCGAUGUCAUCGAACCGACCCAGGGUAUGCCGGUGGAGGUGGCUGUGACCUUUCUACAGCGACUGGUCAGCAUGGCGGACGUUUUGAUAUUUGCAAGCGCCCUUAACUUUGCCGAGCUGGAGGCUGAGAAGAAUAUGUCCAGUGGCGGUAUCCUGAGGCAGUGUCUCCGACUUGUGUGCACGUGUGCGGUGCGCAAUUGCCUCGAGUGCAAGGAGCGCCAGCGGUACGCCGCCGCCAGGGCUGCACGUGCCGGAGACUCGCCCUCGCCGAAGAGCGUCGUGGCGAGUCUUGCGGACGCCUCCAGCCCCGUCAAAGAUCCGGAAAGGCUUCUGCAGGACAUGGACGUCAAUCGACUUCGAGCUGUUAUCUACAGGGAUGUUGAGGAGACGAAACAAGCGCAGUUCUUGUCGCUUGCCAUCGUUUAUUUCAUCUCGGUACUGAUGGUUUCGAAGUACCGCGACAUCUUGGAGCCGCCCGCCCACGCGCCUCCGGAAUGUUCCAGAAGACCGCACCACUCCCACGAGCAUCACGAACACAACGGGGAUGAUGUGGAAUACGCCAUGAUUGUUGUUGACGAGAACAAUUCUACAAUAAACGAAUUAGAUUCACCAUCGAUGAAGGAGUCGGAAGCCAAGGAAGAUGCUGUGGCAAAAAUAGAAACAACGGCCAUAGAAUUGAAGCCGCCGUCUCCGGAACAGCCCGAGCUGAGUAAGCCGGCUGAGACGCCCACCCCAGAAAAGGAAGAACCGCUUUUCAAGUCGAGCCUCCGAGUGAAACCGCAGCCCAAAAUAAAGAGCGUGGAUUCGAUCGAAGACGCCGGCUCGUUUCAUCUCAACUCUAAUGAGACUACUAACAAUGAUCCUGAGACCUCCAGCGAGAUCGCUCUAGAUGAUAACAAACACGCGGCCAGUAAUGACGAAUCUUGGACCGAUGUCAACUUGAAUGAAGAGGGUGAAAGGGGUCCGGCCACCAUUACUGGGAGAACGAGAGACCACGAAGGGAACAUUCAUGAAGAUAUCGACAAACAAAUUCAUAUGAGGAAUACAGAUUCACAUCACCACAUUCAACAACGACAGAACAGAAACCUUCAGGCUGCACAACGGCAUUUACAUCCGGACAAUGAGACCCUGGCUGGUCUAAAUGCAAUGAACGCUUCGAUGUCCGCCGACGGAGUGUCCCGGGAAGCCUCUCUGACCCACAAGCUUGAGACAGCCCUGGGCCCUGUCUGUCCGCUUUUGAGAGAGAUAAUGCUAGAUUUUGCUCCUUUCCUUUCUAAAACCCUGGUAGGAAGCCACGGACAGGAGCUCCUGAUGGAGGGUAAAGGUCUCCAAACAUUUAAAUCCAGCACUUCGGUAGUGGAACUCGUGAUGUUGCUCUGCUCGCAAGAGUGGCAGAACUCCCUCCAGAAGCACGCCGGCCUCGCCUUCAUCGAGCUCAUCAACGAGGGACGGUUACUGUCCCACGCCAUGAGGGACCACAUUGUCCGCGUUGCGAACGAAGCUGAGUUCAUCCUCAACAGAAUGAGAGCUGACGAUGUUUUGAAACACGCCGAUUUUGAGUGCCUUUGCGCCACGAGUAGCGCGGAGCGAGCUGACGAGGAGCGGACCUGUGAGCGGCUGAUCGCGGCGGCGAGGAGGAGAGACACCGCGGCCGCCGCCCGCCUGCUGGACAAGCUCCGCCACGCUGCAGCACACCAGGCCGGGACCGGCACGCAGUUCUGGAAGCUAGACUCGUGGGAGGACGAUGCCCGGCGCCGGAGGAGACUGGUGCCCGACCCACGCGGACACCGACACGACGACGCCGUGCUCGUGCGCCAACACGCGCAGCCGCCGCCCCACGACGCCAUCCUCCAGGCCACAGAGGAGCUGCACGCGCGGCUGGCGGCGGGCGGGGCGGGGCGCGGGGCUCAGCUGCCCACGCCGGCCGCCGCCGAGCUCCUCGACGACGCUGAGCUCCUGGUAGACGAUCGGGAAAUCGAUGCUGACCUUACUGGUCCAGUGAACAUCAGCACGAAGGCGAGGUUGCUGGCUCCCGGCCUAGUGGCGCCCGGGACAGUGUCGCUCACAUCCACGGAACUCUAUUUCGAGGUGGACGAAGAUGAUCCGGAGUAUAAGAAAAUCGAUCCUGAGGUACUGAAAUAUUGUGAGCAUCUACACGGGAAAUGGUACUUCAGCGAGAUACGAGCUAUUUUCUCGAGACGCUACCUUCUCCAGAAUGUCGCCGUCGAGCUGUUCCUCGCCAGCAGAACUUCAAUAUUCUUCGCAUUUCCCGACCAAGCGACAGUCAAGAAAGUAAUCAAAGCGCUACCCCGAGUUGGUGUCGGCAUCAAGUAUGGCAUCCCGCAGACCAGACGCGCGUCAAUGAUGUCUCCGCGGCAGCUGAUGCGCAACUCAAACAUGACGCAGAAGUGGCAGCGACGGGAGAUCUCCAACUUCGAGUACCUUAUGUUCCUGAAUACCAUUGCAGGUCGCACGUACAACGAUCUGAACCAGUACCCCGUGUUCCCGUGGAUCCUCACCAACUAUGAGAGCGAAGAACUCGACCUUAGCCAGCCUUCAAACUUCAGGGAUCUAUCAAAGCCCAUAGGUGCAUUGAACCCCAGCCGACGUGCGUACUUCGAAGAGAGAUAUAACACGUGGGAGCACGAGUCCACGCCUCCCUUCCACUACGGCACACACUACUCCACUGCUGCUUUCGUGCUCAACUGGCUCGUUCGAAUCGAGCCAAUGACGACAAUGUUCCUAGCGCUGCAGGGAGGUAAAUUCGAUCAUCCGAACAGACUGUUUUCCUCCAUUGCCAUGUCCUGGAAGAACUGCCAACGCGACACAUCCGAUGUUAAGGAACUGAUCCCAGAGCUGUUCUUCUUGCCUGAAAUGCUGAUAAACAGCUCCGGCUAUAAGCUGGGCAUCCCGGAGUCUCCGUCCGGCGACGUCAUUCUUCCACCAUGGGCUUCAUCCCCUGAAGAGUUCAUCCGCAUCAACCGCAUGGCCUUGGAGUCGGAGUUCGUCAGCUGCCAACUUCACCAGUGGAUCGAUCUCAUCUUUGGAUACAAACAGCGAGGGCCGGAAGCAGUACGGGCCACGAACGUGUUCUACUACCUCACGUACGAGGGCGGAGUCAGGCUCGACCAAAUCACGGAGCCCGUGACCAGGACCGCCGUGGAGGACCAGAUCCGCAGCUUCGGCCAGACCCCUGCGCAGCUACUGAGCGAGCCGCAUCCGCCGCGCGCGUCUGCGCUACACCUGGCGCCGCUGAUGUUCGCGGCGGCCCCCGACGACGUCUGUCUCCGCCUCAAGCUGCCCUCCAAUGCGGCCGUCGUGCACGUCUCCGCCAACACCUACCCGCAGCUGGCGAUGCCUGCUGCUGUCACGGUGAGCGCGGCGCGUGCCUUCGCGGCCCACCGCUGGGCGGCGGGGGGCUGCGCGCACUCCGCCCGCCACGCGCCCGACGCGCAUCCGCCCCCCCACCCCCACCCGCUACUCAUGGACCCAGUCUGGGCCGCUGGAGGAGCGCAGGCGCUGGCGCGGAGACAGCUCGGCGACAACUUCAGCCAGCGGGUCCGCGCGCGCUCAAACUGCUUCGUGACGACAGUCGACUCCAAGUUCCUCAUCGCGGCCGGCUUCUGGGAUAAUAGCUUUAGGGUCUUCUCAACUGAAACUGCUAAAAUAGUGCAAAUAAUAUUCGGUCACUACGGCGUGGUGACGUGCGUUUGCCGGUCCGAGUGCAACAUCACCUCGGACUGCUACAUCGCGUCCGGCUCCGAGGACUGCACCGUGCUGCUCUGGCAUUGGUCCGCCCGGCACGGCGGCAUCGUCGGCGAGGGCGACAGUCCGGCGCCGCGCGUGACGCUCACGGGACACGACGCGCCCGUCAACGGCGUGCUCGUCUCUGCAGAACUCGGACUCGUCAUCUCCUCCUCGCUCAACGGUCCGGUGCUGAUCCACACGACGUUCGGCGAGGUGCUGCGCUCACUGAGCAGCGGGGAGGCGUCGGGUCCGCAGCAGCUGGCACUGUCCCGGGAGGGCGUGCUGGUGGUCGCGUACGCCAAGGGACACCUCGCCGCCUACACCCUCAACGGACGGAGGCUCAGGCAUGAGACGCACAACGAUAACUUCCAGUGCGUGGUGCUGUCCCGGUGCGGCGAGUACGUGGUGUGCGGCGGCGCGGCCGGCGUGGUGGAGGUGUGGCGCGCCGCCACGCUGGCGCCGCUCUACGCCUUCCCGCCUGCCGGCGCGCCCGUCGCCUCACUCGCGCUCUCGCACGACCAGAAAUUCCUGCUAGCAGGUCUUGAAAACGGUUCCCUGGUUGUUUUCCACAUAGACUUCAACAGAUGGCAUCACGAGUACCAGCAAAGAUAUUGAGGCUUGAUAAACACUAGUUUCUAAACGAACUAGAUUUAAAAAGAAAUCAAUUAUAAAUUUAUAUAUAAUACAAAAAGCAAUGUUAGCGACAACAUAAUGUUAGGUUAGAUCGGUUAGUUCGCGUGACAAACAGUGUAUCGUUUUGAUAAUAUUGUGAGUGUUGUGACUAAUGUAAUGUGAAUCGACUAAAAUGUUAAACACUAUUUACAACAAGAUCAAAAAUAAUAUGGUAAAAAUUGGUCUUUCCUGAUAUAAUAAAAUUGAAAAACGCGAUUUUUUGUUGUUGUCCGUUAUAUUGACAUAAUAUUGUUUGAAAUUCAAACAUAGCAGCUACAAUUUGACACCAGAGAUAUGACUGAAUUUUUUAUUGUUAAUUAAAUGGCGUGGUACUUAACAUGGCAUCAUUUUAACAUUCCAUUUACAAUAUUAUCUUAUUUCAAAAAUCCAAACGUUAAGCUUUAACCGUUAUUAAUGUUAUUUAAAAUAAAGUUAUAUAAUUUUCAUAAUUGAAAUUCAUUGACAGCUAUAGAGUAGUACCUAAGUAGAUAUUUUAUGUAAUAUUUUAGUAGUGCCAUAGAAAAGCUGCUAUUUUUUUCAUUAAAUCCAGAGACAAUUUCGCUUAUUCGCUAUUUAUACUUGCAAUUAACUUAUGAUUAGAUCUCUUUUGAUUAUUUGACGUCCAAGUAUUAUAAUAGAAGUUUAAGGUGCAAUAUUUUCAAUGAUUUGUUUAUUUACAUAAUCUAAUCAAACUUGUCACAUUUCUUUUCUUUAACUUAUCCCCUCAUACUGGUAACAUAAAUCUUUAUUAUCAACUUGAAAUUUUAAAAUGUACUGGAAAUCACCAUGUGCUAGAAAAUAUUUCGGGGAAGAAAUGACAGAGACAAAAUAAGCACAUGUCUCUCUUGUUGUGCUUAUACUGCAUACAGCCCUGCCCAACUAAAGAUAUUCGUCGCUGUUCACUGUUGUUAUUAUACUUUUUUAUGUAAAUUCGAGUCCGACAUGGUCGGUCGCGUCGGCAAGCAAGGAAUUGUAAUUGAUAAUUUUAUAAGCAAUCACAUCUUUAUAGUCAAAUAGAAAAUAAGUGUAUAAUUAUUUUCUUCGCAAGCAUUCGCUAUGGAUAUUUGGGCCGUUCUAAUUAACUUCAAGCACUUCCAGCAUCUAUUUUUCACGCUUAACAUUAUUAAAUUUUAGGACGAUUUUAUCUAAAUACUAUUAAAAGAAGUUCAAAAUUUCUAUUGUGAAAUGUUAAAUAAACAAAUCAUUUUAUUUUAUUAUACAUGUAGAAGAUCUAGUAUUAUUUACUUGAAACAUUCCAAUUUUCCUUAUUUCCUCAAAAUAUGGUGGAGGGUAUGUAACUAAGUACUUAAUUUUAAUAUAUUAGUUGAAAUUGUUGUAAUUUUUUGGUUUUAUUAAAUGGUUAUAUUAUGA